UAAUAAUAAAUUAAGACAAGAUGAGAAAAAUAAAAUCUCCUUUUCCGUAAUUUUCCGCCAUAAUUAUUUAUCAAAUAGAAGUCAAUUUUUCGCUCCCUUAUCCAACGGAGGAGACGAUUUUCUUCUUUUCUUUCGCUUAACAAAAUGAAUAUAUCAAUCCAAAUCUUCACUCCUUAUUUCUAGUUCUUCAAAGGAAUUUUGGCUGUUGAGUAUACACUGACGAGUUUUUCGCUGCAGACGCAUCAGCUCCUGCACACAUGGAUCAAAGUGCUGCUGUCGAGGAGGCUGGGAAUUUGAGAAACAGCCUUGAGGUUGCAAAAGCACUUUCCGAUAAACAUCUUGAUCUUUUGAGGCCAUCUGCUCGAUACUUUUCAGUAUUUAAAGGGCAAGCACCAGAUGCAGCAGCAAAAGGCAAAUACGCACUUAUCAAAGAUGAGGAGGACUUCCAAACAGGGAUUUUUGACAAACCUCUUCCAUGCUUUGGCUGUGGGAUAGGAUGGUUCUCCUUCCUGUUAGGAUUUGUGUGUCCAUUGAUGUGGUACUAUGCUACAUUUCUAUAUUUUGGAAAUCACUACCGUAAAGAUCCUAGAGAGAGAGCAGGCCUUGCUGCUUCUGCAAUUGCUGCAAUGGCAUCCUCUGUUGUACUGCUGAUCAUAAUAGUUUUUCUUUUAUUUUCAACCUAAUCACUUGGAAUCGAAGUCUGCUCCGAACACCUUUAUACAUGUUGAGUUCAAACGAAUUGCAUGCAAAUCAAAUAUUGAAUGCUUGGGCCACAAUGGACAUGCAAUAAGCAAUAUGAGAAACUGAGCCAACCUUGUCCCAUCUGCUGAGCAUUCUUGUAAAGACAACAGAUCCUCUGAGAAUCGUAUCGUUUAUAGGAAUUCAUACAAGAAAUUACAGUUUGCCUUUGAUAGAACCAUGGAAUUUGAGGCAAUGUUUAUUUGUAAGUAAUUUGAUGAGUUCAUUAAUGGAAUAAUUUGUUUCACUGU